UAACCGCGGUCCAAGAUGACAAUGGCCAACGGGAGAAAGGAUUCUAAGCGUUCCGCCCAGGUACCGGACAGAGUGCGUGCAUCGACAGGGCUCUCUGCUCUCCUUUAAGUCAAUCUGCAAACCGAACGGCGACACACGCGCAGCAUCAGUACCGAGAGGCUCGCAACAGCUGGUCUCGCUGUGUCCCCUAAAAGACAACACACCCGGGGAGGGACGGUAGGGAGAGGGGGGCAUGCGGUCAAAGAGGACGCCGUUUCCCCCCGGAGAGCCAUGGAGAACCGGGAUGCGGCAGCGCGAAGCUUAAUCUGUGCGGGCGCGCUAAUUGGAUCGGAAUAGCACCGAUUGCUGCGGGCGCGAUAGAGGAGCGCCCUGGACCGGCAGAGGCACGGUACCCCACCGCUACAGAGGAGAACCAACCGGAGUCCGUCUCCCCCAAGUCAAUGAGUAUUGUGGCAGAGCAGCCCCCGCGGUGGAGUCGGCCAGGGCAGCACUUUCCUAAAAUAUGACCAGGGGUGCUUGGAUGCGUCGGCAGCAUGAUGAGGGCUUAAAAUACUGGUUUGCACCCCGAGAGAACGAGAAGCCAUUUACCGAGUCGGAGCGGGCCCAGAGAUGGCGACUGUCGCUGGCCUCUCUGCUCUUCAUCACCGUCCUGCUCUCUGAUCACUUGUGGUUCUGCGCCGAGGCGAAACUCACGCGAACCCGAGACAAGCGGUCGGAAGAGGGGCUUGCAAUUACGGACAUGGGCGAGUACCCAAACUCCCUCCACCGACACCAUAUCCCAACAUCACCUGACCCCGACCGUCUCGCCAGAGAGCAAGAUGUUAUUUUUCUAGGGAAUUCUACCAAACCUCUGUGGCGAAUGGACACCUGUCAUCCAGACAGCUGGUCCAAAGAGUGCUUUACUUUCACGGACGCGGAGACCGUGUGCCUGGGCCUCUCCGUUGGAGGGGAAAAGGGGACACAGUUUUCGAAUGUGAAUCUGAGCGAUUUGUACCUUUCUUUUUGUAAUUCCUACUCACUUUUGGAUUUGUUUCACGGGUUUACGAGUCCGGACGAUUUGAAUUGCUCCUUGGAUAUGGGGCAGGAUGUGCUGGGAUGCAGCAAGUGUGUCCGGGCUUAUCAGCUUCUUGACCAGCAAGCAGAGGAGAACUACCGGGAGUUUGAGCUGCUGGUUGAGAAAUACGAGACGGAUGCAUACUCUGUCAGGACGUGCAUGGAGGAAUGCAAGAUGGUUUAUAAGCCCUGGCUGUGUUCUCAGUACUUCCAGACCACCCAGAUGCACUGCAGUAAGCCAAUCCCCUGUGGUCAGUACUGCCUGGAGGUGCAGCAGCGGUGCCCCUUCGUCCUGCCUGACAAUGAUGAUCUCAUUCAUGGAGGCAGCCCAAGUUUUAUAUGCACAGGGCUGCUGGAGGACUACCCAUCAGGUGUUGACCCGAAUGCAAAGUGCUGCGACGUGCGGUGGGACUUGAAAGUGGACAACCGUUCCCGGGGGACGCUGAAAAGAACUCACCCGCCAUGCCAGCACCGAACCUCCCUCAGCUCAUCGGCAGCCUGCAGACUGUGUAACAGCCGGCUCAAACUCUGCCUGCUGGUCCUUGUCCUCCUACACACUGUUGCCAGCCUCACUGCAUCCCACAAUGCAACAGGACUGGGCCUCCCCACCAUCACGCCUCUGGAGGAGAGCCCUGCCAAUGAGGAGUGAUAGAGCUGCCAGGAGGAGGUGAGGUUGUCCGGGUGGGGGAAUCCCUCACCAUGGCAACCGAUGUGGAAAAAUACAGCCACAGUUGUGCGAUGGGCUGGAGCUGUGUGCCUGUGGACACUCUGCAACGCUUUCUGGCAAAUGGAAAAUGUGGGACGCUUGGAGACGAAAGACACACAAUUCAAUCAACAAAUAAAUAAGAAAACAAACAGACACACUAAGGGACUCCAACAGUCCCUUAGGUAGAAAGGGGACAAUGCCACAGCCUUUGUUGAGUGGGAAGGCCGGCUUCCCCAUGGCUGAGUUUCUCUCACUACGCUUUUUUACACUGUGUUCCAAUUAUUGGUUUCUGUUGCACUGGCUGACUAAGGGAUAACACAAUCAUAUUCUCUUUCUAAUGUUCAUCCUUUUUGAGUUUUAUUUCUGGUUCUCUCAUACAGGAAGAAAAUGUGUUCUCUAAAUAAGACAGAUAAUACGUUAAAAUAAUAAUUAGCUGCGAGUUUCUUUGCGAUUGAUAUGCGUUUCUGAACUGUGUGCGAGUGUGCAUGGGUGUACUUGUAUGUCUUUACACGUGUGAAUGUGUGUGCAGGUGAGGAUGAGUGUGUGUUGGUGACAAGUAUCAUAAAAGGCGAGUUAAAAGGCUGAUGUGCCCCCCCCCCCCCCCAACCCCCUUUCAGAUGUCACUUAGCUCUGAUGUGCUGGUGUGUUGGCCACAAUCACUGGGAAAAUGGGAUUCAAAUGUGCUUCUGAAUGAGUUCUGGGGUAAACUAAGGUUUACAGUUUUCCUACACUAGGAUGAAUCGUGAGAUAAUAUUUACCUAUUAACACCAUUUUAAAAGAUCCAAAGCAAUGAAAAAGUUAACCCUGAAAUAUGCAACACGUCACAACUGACCAGGAUGCAUUCCUUCAGCAUCACAAACGAUAUCUCACUUUCUGUUUUUAUGCCAAAUACAUUAAUCUUGCUAAACUGAUAUCUUAAUAUAUAAUAAGCAUAAUAUAUGCUAAGUAUGUGUCAUCUGACCUCUUGUGGACUCAUUCUAAGGACGUGUUGACAGAUCUCAGCAAUAACUUGUUGUGUAAAAUGUGAUCAUUAUCAAUAAAACUGACAGCCAAAACUAUAAAAGUAACAUCCAAGACGUAUUAAACCAGAG